AUGGUAUGUAUGUUUGUGAUAUUCGCUCUGGUGUCGGCGUAUGGUAUGUAUGUUUGUGAUAUUCGUGCUGGUAUCCGGCGUAUGGUAUGUAUGUUUGUGAUAUUCGUGCUGGUGUCGGCGUAUGCUUUCAUGCAAGGAAACCCCCUAUUGCUGUUGUAUCCCGUGGACUCUGACGGUGUCAUGUGUGGCCAGGGGAGCAACGCAGGAAAGGACUAUCUUUUUUAUUUCGAUCUGAUAGAGUGUUCCAAGUCUGGGAUAGCCGUAUUCUUGCUGGGCUGUCCGUCACCACAGAUUUGCGUCUCAGCGUGUCCGACGUACUACUACUCGGUUUUAUCAGACGUGUCGUCCACCUCUGAUUUGAAAUAUUGUAAAACAUCUGCCGAUAUGACCAAAGAGGUCUACCAACUGGUAUCGGACGACUCGUGCCCAGCAUACAUUCUUGCCAGCUCUCCAUUAAUACGCCGUUGUGUGCCCACGGUACUGGUCAACUUCAUCAACAAUAUCGGGGACCUGGAUGGUAAUAUAAACAGUAGCGUACCCACCACUCUGACAAGCAAGGAUGGCACAGGUUUGACAGCCAGUAUACUCUCCACUGCAUUAGACGUGUUUGGGGCGUUUAUCAAGGCGAAGGAGUACGCCGAGAAAAUAAUGUCUGAAGUCCUGCAGACGUGGUGGAUCAUUGUGGUUUUCAUGAUAAUUAUCACGCUGAUAUCCCUGCUUUAUAUCGUGUUACUCCGGAUAAUGGCUGGCUUCAUGGUGUGGUUUACGAUCUUUGGAAUGCUGGGAGCCUUUGGAUAUGCGACUGUUCACCUCUUCACGUACUACCUCGACUCGUCAAACGACCAGACCGAGAUGACUAUAUAUCUCUCCGUUGGGACAAUAAGUUACUCGAAAUCAAAGAUGUUUCUCGGCCUUGGAAUCAUAACUGCUUUGAUAUUCACCAUUAUACUGGUGAUGGUCAUUUUCCUGUGUCAAAGGAUCAGGAUAGCCAUCGGACUGAUAAAAGAAGCCAGCAGAGCCGUCGGAGCGAUAAUGACAACGCUAGCCUUCCCUAUACUCAUUAUGAUCCUCCAACUUUUGGUUGUUGGUUACUUUCUGAUAUUUGGGGCUUACCUGGCUUCCACAGGGCGGACCAUGUCUUCUGUCGAAAACACGACGUCCACGUGGUCUAAUGGAAAAUGGGAUACUGAUGCGAUUGAGUCCCAGGUGUCUGGUUUCAUGGGGUCGACUUGCUCGAAUACAUCUUCGACCUCCGACACGUGUAGCUACCUAAAGAACUUGGAAGAGAACUUCGUAAUGUAUGCCGCAUUCUUCGCCCUCUUCAUGUUUUUCUGGCUAAUAAACUUCGUGGUAGCCUUGGGGCAGUUGACUCUAGCUGGUGCAUUCGCGUCGUAUUAUUGGGCGUUCGAGAAACCAAAGGACAUCCCGGUAUUUCCCAUCGCUGCGUCGUUGUGGAGAGCAUUCAGGUAUCACUUGGGAUCCCUAGCAUUCGGUUCCUUCAUCCUUGCCGUGGUAGCAAUGAUUCGGGUCGUACUAGAAUACCUUGAUCACAAACUGAACAAAAGUGAAAACAUUGUGGCGAAGUUUAUUGUCAAGUGUCUGAAAUGCUGCUUCUGGUGUUUGGAGAAAUGCCUAAAGUUCUUAACCAAGAAUGCAUAUAUACAGAUGGCCAUUCAUGGGAAAAACUUCUGCUUUUCUGCAAAAGACGCGUUCUUCGCGAUCAUGAGGAAUAUUCUAAGAGUGGCCGUAGUGGAUAAGGUAGCAGAUUUUGUCCUUUUUGUCGGUAAACUCGUCAUCAUUGGAGCAACGGAGGCCUUGGCGUUUUAUACUUUCAACUAUCUGGCCGACGAUCUGCUUACCGGAUACGUCACCACCUCGAACACUUACAUCGCCACAUAUUUGAUCAUCCUGAUUUGCGGCUACAUAGUCGCCACAGUUUUCUUCGAUGUCUUCUCCAUGGCGUUGUCAACGUUGUUUAUGUGUUUCUUGGAAGAUAUUGAAAUGAAUGAUGGCUCCGUUGGGAAACCUUACUUCAUGAGUAAAGAACUAAUGGGAGUCAUUGGAGUGAAAAACGUCAUCAUAAAAGACAAGCAGAAGAAAGGAGCCGCAACAUCAGAAAACUUCUGAUCCCAUAAUGUGUGGAAUCGGUUUGGGAACAAGUGCACAAAUCAUAGGCUGAUCCCCCUACCAUGAAAGUAAAAGGAAGGAAAUGAAAUUAUAUUUCGGAUUGUUUCUAUUGUUCAUUUAUCAACACUGGUUUCAAUAUUAAUAUUUCGUAACCUGGCACAGGGGAAGACUA